CUCAUUUCUGGCUUUCAGUCACAGCCACAAGUCCACUCAACUUUCUCUCUGUAAAAUCAAAAUAUUGAAAGAAAAAAAGAAGAAAAAGAAGAUUUGUCAUAGAAAAAAAAAAAGAAAACAAACCCAGAAAUAAUCAGUCAAUAUAUAUGGUACCUAUAAAUCAAAGUUUGAAUUUUGAUGAUCAAAAUCAUCAUCAACCUCAAUUUGAAAUGUCUGGUUUACCAGCUGAACUUGGUGGCGGUGGUGGUGGUGGUUCAAUUUCUACAGCAACAGCAGCAGAGUCUUAUGAAGAUUCAUUAAGGAAAAUUAGAAAACCUUAUACAAUUACUAAAUCUAGAGAGAGUUGGACUGAACAAGAACAUGAUAAGUUCUUUGAAGCACUUCAACUUUUUGAUCGUGAUUGGAAGAAAAUUGAAGCAUUUGUUGGAACAAAGACAGUAAUCCAGAUACGGAGUCACGCACAGAAGUAUUUCCAAAAGGUUCAGAAGAACGGAACUAGUGAACAUUUACCACCUCCAAGGCCAAAGAGAAAAGCAGUUCAUCCAUACCCACAAAAAGCAGCUAAAAAUGUUCCGAUGCUACCACAAACUACAGGGGUGUGCCAAACAUCUUCAAAUUUGUUAGAAUCGAGAUCUGUUGUAAGGCCAGAUCCAUCGUCGCUGCUUAAAACAGGACCUGCAGUGUCUUCGUGGCCUCAGUUAUCCAAUGAUGAUACAGAAUCUGCAAGGCCUAUAGCAUCAAAUAAUUGUUACAGUAGCAGCAAUAACACUCCAAGUUCAUACCCAACUCGUGAAACUACGGGUCAAGCGAAUCAUGGCCCCCCGUUGCGAGCUAUACCAGAUUUUGCCCAAGUCUACAGCUUCAUUGGCAGUGUAUUUGACCCUAACACAAGUAAUCACCUGGAGAAGCUCAAGGAGAUGAAUCCAAUUGACGUGGAUACAGUGUUGUUAUUAAUGAGGAACCUGUCUAUGAAUCUAUCCAGUCCUGAUUUUGAAGAUCAAAGGAGAUUGCUUUCAUCUUAUGAUGUCGACUCCUGUAAGGCUCCACAAGAAAAUGAAGUGCCGUUCAUGAAUCCUGAUGAGUCAAAGAAUCCAAGAGGUAGAUAGGUAAAGAGGGGGACUUGGAGAUAAAGAGGGGUUAAGUUCUUGCAGUGACCUGCAGAGUGACAGAACUAUGCUAACCAACAAUGCUGCUACGGAGAGAAGUUCUCACAGUGACCUGCAGAGGGAUGCAACCAUAAGCACUUGCCAAGUGCUUGUCAUAUGUAUGAGAUCGCAUCAAUUGUAACUAAAAAGGCUAGCGUAUCGCUCAUUAUUGCGGAUCUGGUUUUGUAUUGUAAUUGUACCUGUUCGACUUGAUACAGGUCAAUUAGUGUUAGUUAUUCGCCAACAUAUUUAGCAAGGUCUAUUAUAAUCAUCCUGCAUCAGAUAUGUGAAACAAUAUUUCUAUGUCUGGUGACAACCGAAAACAAUUUUGUUUUUCA